AUGUUCAAAACGGGGACAAAUGAAACCGGAAAUUCGGCUGGUGCAAAACUGAGGUGCUUGUACACAAAUGCCCAAAGCCUCAUAUCGAAGCUAGACGAGCCAAAACUUUGCCUUGCCGAGCUGUCUCCAGAUGUUUUAGCAGUAACCGAGACCUGGCUGUCCGGAAAUACAAGCGAUAGCGAAGUAGCCUGGCCUGGAUACCAAAUUUAUCGGAGGGACAGGGAACAUCGUCAGGGUGGUGGUAUUGUUGUGUAUGUGAAUGAGUGUCUGGCAGUGUCGGAAAACUGCGCCAAGUUUGCGUCCGGCACGGAAGCUAUUUGGUUGACCAUCAAGGCUACUGGUUUCCCGUGUUUCGAUGUCCUCACUAUCUACCGACCACCUAGGACAGACCAAAUCGCCGACACUCAACUACUGGAGCAGUCGGAGGAAGUUUUCAGUCAACCUAACAUCAUGAUCAUGGGCGAAUUCAACGCACCAGGAACAAACUGGAACACCCUCCAAGCGUCAGAUACAAAAUCGACAUUAGAUUACCGUCCGCUGAACAGAACAUUGAAGGCGUCCCUCACACAACAUGUAAUGUUACCAACGAUAACACGUGAAGGACAAAGGGAAAACUGCCUGGGUCUGGUUUUUACGAAAACACCAGCCAGCAUAGACGAGAUCACCUCCGUUCCGCCCCUUGGCCGAAGUGAUCAUGUAGUGCCUAUGUGGGAUUAUUCGUUAUUCUCCAUUUCGCAUACGUCAGACCAAAACAGACGCAAUGUUUGGCGGUGCGGCUUCAAUGGAAUGAGAGCAGACUUAUCCGGUCUAGACUGGAGCUCAUUGUUUACGGGUAAUGCCAACGAUGACUGGGAGCUGUACAAGAAUACCAUUUUAUAGCUCAUCAACAACCACUGCCCACUGACUAGUGUAAGACUGGCAAACGACCUGAGUGGUUAAAUAGCAACCUAAAGAAAGAAAUCAACAGGAAGGACAAAUUGUGGAGAAAAUACUGCAUCACUAGGCAAGAUGAACAUUUCAACAACUUCAAGAUACAGAGGAGCAAACUGAGAAACCUGAUCAUGAAGACGCGACGAAAAUUCAAGAACAAAAGUGCUACAAAAGCAACACAGAACCCAAAAUUACUCCACAGCUACCUACGACGAAAUACAAGGAACAAGCAUCAAAUCCCCUUCAUAGUGACUACUGACGGCGUUGAGAUUGCUGAUAGUAGGGAUAAACCUGCGUAUAUUCACAGUUUUUCAAUCAGUCUAUACAAACGUGGAAAGGCUCCUUCUUUGCUUUAAAGAAGAACUGCCGACCCCAAGCAUCAGAAAGCAUUGUCCGAAGAGAGUUAGAGGUAUUGAGAGAAUCGAAGUCGCCAGGACCAGACGAGAUUCCACCCAAGCUUCUCAAGGAACUGAUAAGCCAUCUUCCUAACUCUCACUCAGUAGGUACGGACAAUAUCCCAAACUCUUUGAUAAAACAACUAAGAGAUUUUCCUCCUCUGCUUAGCAAAAUCUUUUCAGUAUUUCUCGUAAAUGGCUUCUUCCCUGACUAUUGGAAAACUUCUAUUAUUAUUCCAGUAUUUAAGUCUGGCUGUCGUUCUGACGUACAGAACUAUCGAGGUGUCCAUAAAACACCCUCUCUCGCCAAAAUCUUUGAAAAAAUUAUCGACAUAAAAAUUACCGAAUUUUGCAUAGCCAGUCAAGUUAUUAGCCCUUCCCAACAUGGUUUUUUACCAGAUCGCUCUUGUGAAACAUGUCAUCUGUCGUUUCUCGAUCUACUUACCUCUCUUCGUAAUGAUCACCUAUCUGUUGUCGUAAUUUAUUUUGAUCUUAGUAAAGCCUUUGAUAAAGUGCCACAUAAAAGACUCUUGGUUAAAUUGGAAGCUAUGGGAAUUCGCAGUCCACUAAUAGACUUUCUCAGGUCAUACCUGUCUAAUCGUAAACAAAAGGUUUUGGUGGGAUCUUCACUUUCCAGUGAAAGUCCUAUUGUGAGCGGUGUCCUACAAGGUACCGUUUUAGGUCCUCUUUUGUUCUUACUUUACAUAAAUGAUAUUUCAGCCGCAGUUAAACAUUCUCAAUCAGUUAUUUAUGCCGAUGAUCUCAAAUGUGUAUAUUCUUUUAAAAAAUCUACGAGCCUCCAUUGCCUGGAGCAAAUCCAUGCUGACUUGCUUGCUCUCUCAGCUUGGAGCUCAAAAUGGCUAAUGGAAUUCUCUCCGUCUAAAUGUCGUUAUAUGUGUUUUCGACCUGAUAGGCUACCCCAACCUGUGGUCUUUCAAGGAACAUCUAUGACUGAAUGUACCACCAUCAAGGAUUUAGGCUUAAGCUACACUAGUAAUCUUGAUCUCUCGCCGCACGCUGACAGAAUUACAGCCAAAGCUGCCCAGAUUUGUGGCUUUAUUUCUUACAAUUUCUAUCUUCCUGAAAUUAAAUUAAGGCUCUAUCGUAUGUUUGUACUUCCCAUUCUCGAGUAUUGUUGUCCAUUCUUUGGUUUGAUGAAUGAAGCCAGUCGUUUAAAAAUUGAAAAUGUCCAAAGACGUUUUUCAAAAAAACUUUUAGAUAGGGAACAUCCCAAUAUCUCCUACUCAGAUAGGUGCCAACUAACUAACCUAAAAUUUUUAUGGGUUCGAAGACUAGAAGCGGGCUUCUGUCUCCUCUUUCGCAUUAAUCAUAGUUCAAAUUUUCCUCGGAUUUCAGCACUUACCCCUAGUAGUCGCCCAUUAAAUCUUCGCAAUUCGUCUCUAAUUAUACCUCUUCCAGCGUCCUCCACCUCUAAGCGCUCCCUUUUUUCGCUUUCAGGUAUGCUUUCCUCUGGAAUAACCUUCCAAUAAAUAUAAGAUCUUCAGAAAAUCUACACACCUUUAAGAGAAGGCUACGCCUUUAUCUGAAUACUGACUCGAUUAAACUUUUAUUUUCCUCAUCCUUCCCAGACAACUUUUUCUAUGACACUGAGAAAGGGCCACCGGGAAUUUAGCAUGCCGCUAUUAAAUUUCCGAAACUGUUCACGUUUCCUUUCUUUAUGAGUAGUCUCGCUACCUAAGAUCCCUCACCAGAAAUGUUAAUUAUUCCAAUUUUUUAGUUCAUGCAUCGUGCCCUCACAGAAUGCACGCCAUCGACGCUCUUGGCGAAACCUUCUGUAUUCGCCAUAUACUAGUAGUUUGGUCGCAUCUCCCUUCCCCCAUCCUCGGUUGGACUCGGAUGAAUGUAACCGACCGCAUCUGGGUUCCUAUCGCCUCGAGACUGAUCUUCAUGAUGCCCUCACUGAAUGCGCUUCAUCGAUGCUCUUGGCGAAGCCUUCUAUAUUAGCCAUAUACUAGUAAUCUGGUCGCAUCUCAUUUGCCCUAUCCUCGGAUGGACUCUGAUGAAUGUAACAGACCGCAUCUGGGUCCUUUUCGCCUCAAGACUGGUUGUCAUCGUGCCCUUGCAGAAUGCGCUCCAUCGGCGAUCUUGACAAAGCCUUCUAUAUUCGCCAUAUACUAGUAGUCUGGUCGCAUCUCCCUUCCCCCCAUGUUCGGAUGGACUCGGUUGAAUGAAACCGACCGCAUCUGGGUUCUUGUCGCCUCGAGACUGGUUGUCAUCAUGCCCUUACAGAAUGCGCUCCAUCGGCGGUCUUGUCAAAGUCUUCUAUAUUCGCCAUAUACUAGUAGUCUGGUCGCAUCUCCCCCCAUGUUCGGAUGGACUGGGUUGAAUGAAACUGACCGCAUCUGGGUUCCUAUCGGCUUGAGACUGGUUUUCAAUUUCGGCACUUAUUUUUCUUAUUCAAGGCGAUACAGGCCAGUCCUGAUCGACCCGCCUACGUACCAUUUUAUGAAAUCCGUUACACAAUGCCAUAUACAGCUGACAUCUAUUUCGGCCAUGUUGAUGUCGGGCUUUAUUCCAAUUUGUACCGCCACAUGCAGGCCAGUCCUCCCUUUUUUUCUGAUGCUAUUUUUCUGAGGGGUUUUUUUUUCUCCUGUUAAAUUACUAUAAUCAUUUUUAAAUUUUGCUUUGGAGUUUUUUUUUCACCUUUCGUUUUUUUCAUUUUCAUUUUGCUUAACGGACUUCUAAUCUCAAAAACUAUGCAUUGCACUUUGUGCAGAUUUUGCCUACAUCGUCUAAAAUUUGCAUGUAAAUUUAUUUUUACUUGCUUUGAUGGGACCCCGACGGGUCUUUAAUAAAAAUAAUUGAAUUGAAUUGAACUUGCCAGUGGGCUUUCUGUGCCUUUGCCGAUGCUCUUUCAAAUGUCAUUUGACACUGGAGCACUUCCUAUCGAUUGGAAGCUGGUGCAAAUUACUCCGCUAUACAUAGCAUGUAGCAGGACAUCGACGACAAAAUACAGACCCAUAGGCUCGACGUAUAUUCCCUGCAAAGUUAUGGAAAGGAUCAUAAAGAGUGAACUGAUGCAAUUUCUGGAAGUUCAUGGCCCGCUAUAGAAACUCCAGCAUGGGUUCCGGAAAGGAGGCUCCUGCACGACAAACUUGCUGCAAUCUCUCCAGAGCUGGACCAGAGCUCGCGAAGACAGGCACGCGGUCCAUAUAGCCUUCAUCGACUUCCAGAAGACGUUCGGGACCGUGUUACACCAGAGGCUGUUACAUAGACUUCAAAAAAUAGGGGUCGGUGGCAACUUCCUCAACUGGGUCAAAAACUUCAGGUGGCGGCUGAUUCGACGGGACCCGGCCAUAUUUUCAAAUCUCAGGUGGCCGAAAUCCUCGCUAGGGGUGACAGUCACGUGAGCCGCCAGCUGCUCGAGUCAUGGUUCUCCGGCCCGCAAUCCAUCAAUAAGCGCAAUAACCUCCCGGUACCAUCUUCCGUGUUGAGCUUUUCCCUGGGCAGAAAAAUCAGUCACGUGGGAGGGCGCAGGCGAGCAAUUAUCCCAGUGACAGUGAGCCAAUUUGCCGAGCAAUCGUCACACCAGCAUCCAGCAUGGAUGAGGAAAUCACGGCAAUUGACGACUCGGACUCGGACUGACAAGCCACCAUCGCAUCAAUCACGACCCCAGCGGGGAUUGCGAGAGCUGUUAAUUACAGUACGCCUAUGGUCCCACGGCAGUCACGUGCUAUAAAUACUGCACUACUUGUGCCACCAUCACCCUUAUCUGCGACUGUCUCUGAUGAUGGAUUCGAGUGAGAAUCCGAAGCGUCAGUCCAAUAAAUUUUGUGUUCCAGUCAUCGCAUCUUCGUCUUCAUAACAAGGUUUACUCUAUGAGGGGGAAAGAGUGUAGAACGAGGAGCAAAAGGGAGAAUUAAAUAACCCAAUGAAACGGUAACUUCACCGUUAUCUGGGGAAGGUGGAGUUGGAAGCUGCCACCGGGGAGGCAGGGUUGUUUUCUUCGCGCACCUCAAAUGGAAACAGAUGAAAGAAAAACCGACAUUGUUCGGACACCAGACACCUCUGUCCUCAAAAUUAACGCUCCUGCCUAUUAAAACAAUCUCGUUUAUGCCUGUUCGCCAUAAAUUAUAUUCAAACACAAUUUAAAUGUCAAUAUCAGAGUCUUUUCACGCCACGGAACCCGACAGGUACAUCCGGACCGCGUGUUCUGUGGUCAGCCAAUAACUUCACGACCUAGCCCACCUCUCUCAGUAUCAAUCAGUUUUUCCCAUAUGCAGGCCAGACUUGCCCACAUUUUUUUCUUAUCAAUAUCGACAGUUUCUUCUCCUGUAAAACCAGUCCAGUCAUUUUUUAGCUCUUGAGUGUAUUUUGUUUUCACUGUUCAUUCACUGUUUUAUCUUAACGUACUAUUAAUUCAGAAACCAUGAAUUGCACUUUGUACAGAUUCUGCCUUACUCGUCUAAAUGCAUAGGGGUGUAGGGGUGUCAGCGGUGGGUUCACGUGAUGGUUGUAGUGCUCGCUCACUUGCUCGCAGGUGAGACUACGCCUAGCGUUCACUUGCUGGCACUCAACUCUCACCUGUGGCUCCACAUAGCUGGGCUCUGCUCAGCGGCCACAUCCCGGGCAACCGUCUCGACCGGCGGGCUAAACCAGGUGAGGGGCACUGUGCGCUGUGCCGUGUGCACAGGCUUUGCGGAUUCCGCUGAAUGGGACCUUGCGUCGGCACCGUCGUGACGUGGUUCUUCUCUGCACGCCGCUUGACAGCCGAUGACGGGAUGGAUCUCCACAUAUACAUCGCCUUGACGCGCCCACCUACGCCGUCGGAGACCGCGGCUUGCUGCGAAUUCGAAUCGCUCUCCACUACAACCCGAAAACGUGGCCCCAUAGUGGAGUUCGGCCGUGCCACAACGGCACAUGGCAGCCCUAUUCAGGGAUGGCACAGCUAGCCUCACGAGGGGAAGGGCCUAGAAGUGGUGACCUAAACAUUGCUGGACACCACGCCGUCUCCAGGCUAGCCAGGGCCGCAGACGUCUUAUCAUAAUCGAAACAAUCAAAAUCGAAACAACAACAACAAUACCUAUAACAACAACGACAAUACUCGCUCACCUCCUCAACCUACCUCUUCUUUCUCUUCCUCUGCCUAUUCUUCUCCUUCGUCACCUUCUUCUCCACCUCCUUCCCGUCGCCCCACUCGUUGUCACCAGACUGGCAGGGUGAGUCAGCUCACUCUGGCAGCCUGGAAUGUUCGUUCCCUUUUAGACAAUCCGAGGAGCAACCGACCAGAACGAAGGACAGCGCUAGUGGCACGGGAACUGGCGAGCUACAAGGUGGACAUCGCCGCACUCAGCGAGACCCGAUUCUCCGAACAAGGCCAACUGGAGGAGGUGGGUGCCGGCUACACCUUCUUCUGGAACGGUCGACCCAGGGCAGAGCGACGGGACGCGGGUGUCGCCUUCGCCAUUCGGAACGACAUCGUGGGAUUACUGCCCUGUUUGCCGCAGGGCAUCAACGAUCGCCUGAUAAGCCUCCACCUGCCUCUCUGGGGAGGCAAAUUCGCCACCAUCAUCAGCGCCUACGCUCCGACGAUGACCAACCCCGACGCCGUCAGAGACAAAUUCUACGAGGACCUGCACGCUCUCUUGGCGACUGUGUCGAAGGCGGACAAGUUGAUUGUCCUUGGUGACUUCAGCGACCGCGUCGGCACAGACCAUACUGCCUGGAGGGGAGUGCUGGGUCCCCACGGUCUCCGCGGCUCAAACGACAAUGGUCUGCUGCUUCUCCGCACCUGCGCAGAACACCGCCUCAUACUGACGAACACCUUCUGUCUGCCGGAGCGAGAGAAGGCCACCUGGAGGCAUCCGCAGUCGCGCCAGUGGCACCUGCUGGACUAUGUCCUCGUCCGGAGGCGAGAUCAGUUGGACGUGCUGGUAACAAAGGCGAUUGCAGGCGCUGACGGGUGGACCGACCAUCGCCUCGUCAUCUCGAAGAUGCGUACUCGCCUACAGCCCCGCAGGAGACCACAAGGUAAGCGACCCCCAGGUAAGCUGAAUGUUGCUUUGUUGUCUUUGCCUGCUCACCAUCUUCAUUUCAGCAGUGAGUUAGCUCAAAGGCUAGACAACCUUCCUAUCGCCGCCGAUGCUACCGCUGCCGAGAACGCAUCCGUGGAGAACCGCUGGUGCCAACUGAGAGACACGGUCCAGUCGACGGCGCUCGCCGUCCUCGGUCGCCCUCCCCGCAAACACCAGGACUGGUUCGACGACAACGACGCCGCCAUCAGAAAUCUGCUAGCUGAGAAGAACCGCCUACACAAAGCCUACGUAGAUCACCCCACUGAGGGCACCAAAGAUGCCUUCUACCGCAGUCGCCGCCAACUUCAGCAACGACUGCGCGAGAUGCGGGACGCUUGGACUGCUCGCAAAGCUGAGGAGAUCCAAGGGUACGCGGACCACAACGAAUGGAAGAUCUUCUCUGCGAGCAAAGCUGUCUACGGUCCGCCGACGAACGGCACUGCUCCUCUCCUCAGCGCCAACGGCAACACUCUCCUGAUUGAGAAGACGCAAAUCCUACAGCGAUGGGCCGAGCAUUUCCGAGGCGUCCUCAACCGCCCCUCCGUCAUCUCCGACGCCGCCAUCGAGCGUUUGCCGCAAGUGGAGACCAACGUGGACCUCGACCUCCCGCCAUCUCUCCAGGAGACCAUCAGGGCCGUGCAGCAGCUCUCCAGCGGGAAAGCACCCGGAUCGGACGCUAUCCCUGCUGAGGUCUACAAGCACGGAGGUCCCCAACUGAUGGAUCACCUGACUGUGCUCUUCCAGGAGAUGUGGCGUCAAGGCAAAGUCCCAUAAAUUUUCAAAGAUUCAACCAUCGUGCAUCUCUACAAGCGCAAAGGGAAUCGCCAAGUCUGCGACAAUCACCGUGGCAUCUCCCUGCUGAACAUCGCCGGAAAGAUCUUUGCACUAAUCCUUCUCAACCGCCUCAAUAACCAUCUGGAACAGGGCCCUCUGCCGGAAAGCCAAUGCGGUUUCUUUCGUCAUCGCGGGACCACGGAUAUGAUCUUCGCCGCCCGCCAACUUCAGGAGAAGUGCCGGGAGAUGCGGACCCAUCUGUACUCUACCUUCGUGGACCUGACGAAAGCCUUCGACACGGUGAAUCGUGAAGGACUGUGGAAGAUCAUGAAGAAAUUCGGCUGUCCAAGGCGAUUCAUUCAAAUGCUGCGUCAGCUGCACGACGGUAUGAUGGCGCGAGUCACAGACAACGGAGAUGUAUCAGAGGCAUCCGCAUUGACCAAUGGAAUGAAGCAGGGCUGCGUACUGGCGCCUACCCUCUUCAGUCUUAUGUUCUCUGCCAUUUUGAUGGACGCCUACUGCGAUGAAAGCCCCGGGAUCCGCAUCGUCUACAGGAUGGACGACCACCUCCUGAAUCAACGGCGGAUGCACUUCCAAUCGCGCGUAUCCACAACCAUCGUUCACGAACUCCUCUUCGCCGACGACUGCGCCCUGACAACCACCUCGGAAGAGGAGAUGCAACGCAGCAUAGACCUGUUCUCCGCCGCCUGCGAGAACUUCGGUCUGGUCAUUAACACGCAGAAGACGGUGGUGAUGCACCAAACGUCACCCAACUCAGCCACAGCCCCCAACGCGCCGCCGCAAAUCAGCAUGAACGGAACCCAACUGCAAGUGGUGGAGAACUUCCCGUACCUGGGCAGUACUCUCUCCCGCAACGCCAAGAUCGACGACGAACUCGCCAACAGGAGUUCGAAAGCCAGUCAAGCCUUCGGUCGCCUCCAAAGCACAGUUUGGAAUCGCCACGGUCUUCAGCUGAGCACGAAGCUGAAGAUGUACAAGGCCGUCAUCCUGCCGACACUACUGUAUGGAGCAGAGACUUGGACGGUGUAAGCAAAGCAGGCACGCCGUCUGAACCAUUUCCACCUCAGUUGUCUUCGCCGCAUCCUGAGUCUGAACUGGCAGGAACGAAUCCCCUACACUGACGUGCUGGAACAGACGGGAAUCCUCAGCAUCUACUCCAUGUUGAGACAAAUGCAGCUGCGCUGGAGCGACCACCUGGUGCGCAUGGACAACGAGCGACUACCCAAACGACUCUUCUACGGAGACGUCGCGACGGGUUCUCGCCGUCAAGGAGGCCAGAUUCGCCGUUACAAGGAUACCCUGAAGUCCUCCCUGAAAGCCUGCAAAUCAACCCCACCAACUGGGAGGAGCUCGCACUCGAUCGACGGACCUGGAGGAGGACAGUGAAGACAGGCGCUGCGAUCUAUGAAGCCAACCGCAUCUCUGCCGCCAAAGCGAAACGUGAAGCCCGCAAAUCACAACUUCGCCCAGUACGCAACGCCGCCGUACAACCGCUUCCAACGUGUCCUCGAUGUCAACGGACAUUCCGGGCUCGAAUCGGACUUGUUGGACAUCCUCGGAUUAACUGCGCCUCUCGAACGGCACCAACCAUCGUCCCCCCGCCCGCCUCUUCCUCCUCCUCCUCCUCUCCGCCUCCAACUAACUCUACCAAUUCUUCUGACCCACCACUUCCAUCCUCCUCCUCCUCCUCCUCCUCCUCCUCCUCCUCCUCCUCGCCCACUGCUCCAACGACGGCCGCUUAG